AUGCCAACAAAGAACCCCCGUACACAAGAAGCGCACCUUGACUCGACUCUUUCUGCACAAAAAGCUUUCAAAUCUCAGACUCCUCCAAGGGUCAAAGCCGCAGAUAUGGGCCGUAAAGAUCGGAGCAGCAAAGAUCUCGUCGUUAAAGCCGGCGGAGGGGGUGGUGGUGGAGGAGGAGGGGCGACAGGCGGGGGCGGCGGAUCCGCCAUGGUACAGAUCAACUACGGCCAAGACGGGGACUUCGAAAUGAUCAAAGCAUCCUCACGGACUACAGAGGAUGCAAACGGAAACUACGUUCAUGAGUCUUCGUUUGAGAAGAUCAGUUACACAAACAAUAGUGGCAAACGUUGA